AUGGGCAAAUUGGAAGAUGGUCCUAAACUUUUUCACUUGGUUAGUAAAGAAAUGCCGAGCUAUACACCUGAACAACUCUCUAAUUAUUGGAAUGAUUAUCUUGACCCUGAAUGUGAAAAUUUCUUAACCAUUGAUGAAAAACGAUUUAUUAUCAAUAUGGCUCCAUAUUAUAACAAAUCAGCCGCAAUUCGUGAUAAAGUAUGUUGGAAAGAAUUGCGUAAUGAUUUACGAAUGAAAUACGGCCAUCUUCACCCAAUCAAAAGGAUUAGAAAUGUCUGGUAUAAUAGGAAAAAACGUUAUUACAGAGCUGCAAGAACUGCAAAAAAGAUCGCAAAAACUGCAAGCGACACCUCCGAUCCUCCUUCUAUCAAUCAAAACGUUUCUUCACGAAUUUCUAUUGCAUCUCUUUUGAAUCCAUGA